AUGGGCUCCUCAGGCCAUUCAGGUUCUCGUUCAGCCAAGGAGUCUGGGAAGCCUGAAGCUUCGCUACCUGUUAAAUGUUAUACAGCAAAUGGGGCUGACUAUCGUGGCACUCAGAACCAGACCUCCCAAUAUGCAGGGAAACCUUGUCUUUUUUGGAAUGAGACCUUUGAGCAUCCUUAUAAUACUUUGAAAUAUCCCAAUGGGGAGGGAGGGCUUGGAGAGCAUAACUACUGCAGGAACCCUGAUGGAGAUGUCAGCCCAUGGUGCUACAUUGCAGAGCAUGAGGAUGGAAUAUAUUGGAAAUACUGUGAGAUUCCAUCCUGCCGAAUGCCGGGGAAUCUAGGGUGUUACAAGGACCAUGGAGAGCCACCACCUUUGACUGGCACCAGCGAGACCUCCAAUAAACUUACUAUCCAAACAUGCAUCAGUUCCUGCCGAAGUCAACAAUUUAAGUUUGCAGGCAUGGAAUCAGGUUAUGCUUGUUUCUGUGGAAAUAAUCCUGACUACUGGAGAUAUGGGGAGGCAGCCAGUACGGAAUGCAACAGUGUUUGCUUUGGAGACCAUACUCAGCCUUGCGGUGGGGAUGGCAGAGUCAUUCUUUUUGACACCCUUAUUGGUGCCUGUGGAGGGAAUUACACUUCUGCUACAGCUGUGAUCUACUCCCCAGAUUUUCCCGACACAUACGGCACAGGCAAAGUCUGUUACUGGACCAUACAAGUUCCAGGAGCAUCUCGAAUCCACUUCAGCUUUGCCCUUUUUGAAAUCAAAGAUGCUACAGAUAUGGUGGAAUUGCUGGAUGGCUAUACCUAUCAUGUUCUAGCUCGUUUUAAUGGCAAGAACCGGCCUCCCCACACCUUUAACAUCUCUUUGGAUUUUGUCAUUUUGUACUUUUUCUCAGAUGAAAUCAAUCAAGCCCAGGGAUUUGCUAUCAGAUAUAGAGCUGUGAAGGACAAUGUGCAUCAAAACAAGAUUCCAAUGAAUCAGACCCUUUCAGAGAAGAUAAACGAACAAGCAAAUCUCAGCAUCAAUGCAGCCCGGUCAUCAAAGAUACUUUAUGUCAUCACAACCAGCCCAAGUCAUCCUAGUAGUUCCAUGCCUGAGUGGACAAUAUAUAGUCUCACAGCGCUGCUCAUCCUAAGUGUUACAGCCAUAAUAGCAAAGAUAUUUCUCCACAUAACCAUGAGGUCCCAUCAGAUACCAUCUGCAACUGAAACAGAAGAUUCCAGUGAGGUUACUACUGCUGGCGAGAUCUGGAGUAUAUUUUACCAGCCAUCCACAUCGAUAUCCAUCUUCAAGAAAAAGCUUCGAAGUCAACAAGAUGAUUGCAACCCACUAGUGGGAAACUGAAGUGUCAUCUAUUUUACAAGAAUCAAUCUUCUUAAAAUCCAGGUGACUUGGGAAUAAUCCUUUUUUUUCCUCCCAAUCUCAUACUUGUUUUCCAAAAAGUCCAUUUCAAAGGCCUUUGAGUGACUUUGCCGAUCUGCUGUUCUCUUGGGUAUACUAAUGACAACAGAUUUAAUUGCGGCAAUAGUUUUGAAAUAUUUGGUGCUCAUCAAAUCUGUAGUGCUGUUAAUUACUGCCUUUAAACCAACGCACUUAAAAUACACGUAAAAACCUGUAAAAUUCAAAAUGUCCUGUACCCCUGCCAAAAGUAAUUGAAUGAGUAUCUGCAGGUUGAGGACUUCUUGUGUCCUACUCUCCUGUACCACUGUAUUAUAUCAGGCUACUGUAGUUCCUUUAUUCUCAAGGCUGAAGACAGAGGUAGAUACCGAUAACCUGUUCAGCUGCCACAGCAACCAGAGCUUAUUGGCCUUAAUGUAAACAUGUCUAAAUGGUACUACACAGUGAAAUGGGAGUCAAAGACUUUGAGAAACUAUCAGCCUGGUUGCCCAGUGCUCUGCUGUUUCUACAUUUUCUGCUUCUACAAGCAGAGAUGAACAAAUAAAAAUCAAAUCAAAUUCAGGAGGCAAACACUCUAUGGAGUUUCAGCUGCAAAUGUGAGUUUCGAUGGAGUAAUGCUCACCAGGUCAAGGUCCGCACGAGCAAUGAGGACUUUUAAACAACUAUGUCUGACCCAUCAUUCACCGAUGACUAUGAUAAUUUUGUUUAUAUUCACAGCGAUCCCUUAAAAAACUAUUGUACUCCAGUCUGAAGUCCUGCAUUCAUUCUGGAUGUAAACUUAGGGCUUCUUAAAGGAUUGUCCAAAGACAUUGUAAAUCCACUGAAUGUUUAAACAGUGAGGCUGACUAACACAAAUUCUUACUCUGAAGUUCAAGAUACUGAUCUCAGCAGCCUAAACGAUUUACAAAGUUGUAGCCUGCUAUCAACAACUCACCUAUGCCAGGCUGUGCAUCUGAACACAUCGUAACAGUUGCCUUGAUACUUACCUGUGAGAAGAAGUGUCUCCUUGCCUGCAAAAUUAAAACUGAACUGCAUUUUUAAGAUUAAUGUCCU